UACGCCCUCACUACUUUUUCGCUCUUCCCAUAAUACACCUCACCACCGUACACUUCGCUCUUGUUGUUAAUAUUAUUAUUACUAUUAUUAUUCGCAACUUGUGCCUUUUCCUACUAUACCCUCUUCAAACAAACGCUUCUCUCUCCUCCUUCUCCCUCCCUCCCUCUUUCUCUCUCUCUCUAGCAUCUGAGAGAGUCUCUAAUGGCGGAUUCGGGAAACCCUAAGAGGGCGAGGGGGGAGGAGGAGGAUGAGGAAGGGGAGAGAGGGGAGGCGAAGAGGCUCAGGGCGGAGGAGCUCCUCGAGAUCCUCGACGGCGACGACGCCGCCGCGGCGGAGGAGCUCGCGUCCGUGAUGCGGAGCUUCGAGGAGGAGAUCGCGGCGGCUUCGCCCCCGCCGCCGCGAUCGGCGGCGGCGGAGGUUGCCGGAGAUGGGAGGGAGAUGGAUCUGGGGUACCUGUUGGAGGCCUCCGACGACGAGCUCGGCCUCCCUCCGACGACGACGACCACCACCACCACCACCACCACCACCACCGCCUCAACGGUGACGACGACGACCGUGACGGAGGAUUCUGAGGCGGCGGCGGCGGAGGAGGAUGGGGGAGUAGGGUCGGGGGGAUUAGGGUUAGGGUUAGGGUUUGGGGAGAUGUGGGGAUUCGAGGACGAGAUCGGGGGGUGCUACGAGGGCUUCGGGUUCGGGAUGAGCGACGCGGCGGAGGAGGCGCCGGAGCACCACGCCGGCGGGGGCGGCGGCGGCGGCGGCGGGGUGGUGGUUUUAGGGUUUGAUGGGGGGCUCUUCGAUUACUCCGACGUGGUCUGUGGACCGUCCGAUCUCGCCGAUCUCUCCUGGCGAUCGGAGUCGCUCCCCGCCGUCUGAUCCCGAAUCAACGGCCCUCUUACUUUCUCUCUCUUUCUAUUUUCCUUUUAUUUUUUUUUUCCCCUUAAAAGAAAAGUGACUUUGUAAAGCUUUUUUAGACAAGGAAAAAAACGACAGGAGCAAAAAAUGGAUAAAAUUGGAAAAAAUAUAUAUAUAUAUAUCUAUAAUUAUUAUGGACCGUUUGAUGAGGAUCGUCCGAUGGUGGAUGAUUGGGCCAGGUAAUUAUUAAUAUUAAUAAUUUAUUUUUAAAAAA